GAGAGGAACCAGCCACUGAGGACUAUCUUAGGAACGGCAUGGAGAGCAAAUGGAGUGGCUGGGUGCUGAUUGUUUCUGUGUGCCUGGGCUCCUACCAAGCCGGGGCCAGCCCCCUCCACGAGUGUGGCGAGCGGCCGGAGGACUGGUGCCGCGACGUGACCACCGCGGCCAAGUGUGGGGCCCUGGAGCUCUGCCAGCUCACCGCCUGGGACCAGGCCCUGGGGAAGGGGAUUCCAUGUCACCUGUGCCAGGUGGCUGUCUCCGUGAUGGGCAAGAUCCUGCAGGACAACCGCACUGAGGAAAAGCUGAGGCUCUUCUUGGAUAAAAGAUGCCAGUACCUGCCCUUCCAGGACUGGUCUGUCAAGUGCAAGAGGAUGGUGGACACCGGCAUCCUCAUCCUUGCCCAACUGGGCAAACAAGUGCUGUCGGACCCAAAGGUGGUGUGUGGGACCAUCAGGCUGUGCCAGCCCCGGGAGAGACCCACGGGGACCCUGAAGUUUCAGAAGCCAUCAACAGCUCCCACAGGGCCCACUCAGGAUUUCGCUGACCUGGUCGCCCCCUUCAUGGCCAACGUGCCCCUCCUGCUCUAUCCCCAGGACCUGCCUCGUGGGGAGGCCCAGGACAUGGAAGAGGUGUGUGGGGACUGCCUGCAGCUGGUGGCGGCCGUGCAGCUGGAGCUGGGGGCCAACAUUGCCUUCACCCAGACACUGGUGGCCCGUGCUGAGUGGGUGUGUGAGGGCCUGAGCCCUGCUCUGGCACAGCAGUGCAAGCACUACCUGGCUGAGUACGUGGACACGACCGCGCAGCUCCUGCGGUACCUGCAGGCUGAGGACCCGAUGGAACUGUGUGGCCAGCUGGGACUCUGUGCCUCCACCUCGGCACUGCCCCUCCACACGCUGCUCACGGAGAAGGUGACACAGGUUCUGAGCAUGCUGGGGGACAGGGUGGGGAACACUCCGCUGUGUGAGGUGUGCCAGUUCACUGUGAGGACAGCUGAGAGCCUCCUGGAGAACAACAUGACGGAGGAGCAACUGGUGAAUGACAUUGAAAAGGUGUGCUACAUGCUGCCCCACGGCGUCAUCGGGCAGUGCAAGGACUUCGUCAACUCCUACGGCAAAGCCGUGGUGAUCAUGCUGCUGGAGGCCACCGAUCCGGCCGCCGUGUGCACCAUGCUGCACUGCUGCCCCCGCGGCGGGGACACCCUCCUGGGGGCUGCCCCGCUGGAGCAGCUGGCGGUGAGCGCGGGUGCCUUCUGCAACGUCUGUCAGAUUGUCAUCACCUACUUUGACAAUGAGCUGCUGAAGAACGAGACGCUGGAGGAGCUGGGCAACGUGCUGGAGAAGGGCUGUGAGAUGCUGCCCAUGCCCCUCACCAGCAAGUGUGAAGCGCUCAUACUGCAGUACGAGCCCGCGGCCGUGCGGCUCUUCGUGCAGAUGAUGGACCCCACCUUUGUCUGCACUAAAAUCCGAGCGUGCGACUCACGCAAGGAGGAUCUCCUGGGCUCGGACCCCUGUGCCUGGGGCCCACGCUACUGGUGCAAGAACAUGGCCACCGCAGUCGAGUGCAAUGCUGUCGCACACUGCCGGCGUCACAUAUGGAACUAGGAGCCAUCUCCCCAGCCAGCUGGACUCCCUCUGCCGUUUGGUUCAGGAUCCUGGCUCCCCUCCCCUGGGACGUGCCUGCACCCAUGGAGGGCAAUGGCAGGAAGGCUGUGGGGAACCCCAGCUGCCUCUGCCACUUCCUUUUCCACCCCGGGGCUUGGAUUUCCAGAUCAGGUUAAGGGACUCGUUAGUAUUUUCAGGAUUGGGGAUUCACCCUUGACGUCUCUCAGGGUGUAAAAAUCCCCAUGUCCAAUCCUAUCUCCAUCCCCACUUCUAUCCCCAGCCCCAUCCCACCCUGAACCAGAUCCUGCAAUGUGGAGCCGUUCGUGUGGGCUGCACUGGGUUCUGCUGCCCAAACGCAGGCCCCUUGCUCCAGGCCAGCAGCAGCCUCAUGCCACAGAUCUGGGGAUACUUAAUAUAUAAACAUAUUGUAUAUAUCAUAUAUACUAAGUAUCUCCUGAACAUGAAAUGAGUGAGUUUGGGUGCAAAGAUUUACUUCCAGGCAUCCAUUCCUGUGGAGGGUUCUGUGCUGGCCCAGCUGUGGUGGUGAGGGGCAGCGGGGUGCUGGCUCGUCCCUCCCCACCAUAGUGGGGGCACGCCUGCAGUGCCUGGUCCUGAGCAUGCA